GCCGAAAUAUCAUUCCCAAUCCCCACCCGCCACGUCCCUAUUAAAAUUCCCAUUAUUCUUUAAAUAUAUAAAUAAACAAAUUUCCUUUUCUAUCCGACCGUUGUACAGCCCUCUUCAGUCGCCACGCUCAUUUUCUCCUUACAAAAAACACACAAUCUUGUCCAACAAAAAACAUGCCAAGCGCCGCCGCCGACCGCUGGAAGAAGGCCGUUGCCAUGGGUCUCUCCCUCUUCGGCCGCAGUUUCAACCCCUCCAAAUGCAAAACGUCGGCGAAAAUGGCGGUGGCGAGGAUAAAGCUGCUGAGAAACAAGAGAGAGGUGGUGAUCAGGCAGAUCAGGCGCGAUAUUGCUCUGCUUCUUGAGUCCGGCCAAGAUGCCACUGCUCGUAUCCGAGUUGAACAUGUGAUAAGAGAACAGAAUAUAAUGGCAGCGAACGAGUUAAUCGAACUUUUCUGCGAUCUAGUUGUGGCCAGGCUCUCUAUCAUAGCAAAACAAAGGGAAUGCCCGCCUGACCUUAAAGAAGGAAUAUCGAGUUUAAUAUUUGCUGGCCCUCGAUGCUCAGAACUUCCGGAGUUACUGGCCAUACGAGACGUUUUCCAGAAGAAAUAUGGCAAGGAUUUUGUUUCCGCAGCUACUGAUCUGCGACCCAAUGCUGGUGUCAACCGAUUGCUUAUUGAAAAGCUCUCUGUUAAGACGCCGUCUGGUGAAGUGAAGUUGAAAGUUUUGAAGGAAAUUGCAAAGGAAUACCAGGUUCAAUGGGAUACCACAGAAACGGAGGAGGAGUUGCUCAAGCCUCCAGAAGAGCGUAUCGAAGGUGUAAACAGUUUUGUGAGUGCAUCGGGUAUGCCUUUGAAGCCUGUCCAAAAGCCGCCUCUCGAGUCAAAUGAUGCAUCAAACAGAGGACAAGGUAAUAUCAUGAAUUUUCAAGACGUGGCAUCAGCUGCUGGUGUUGCUGCUGAGAAAGCACUUGCUGCUGCUGAAGCAGCCGCGGUCCUAGCUGCCUAUGGAGGCAGCAAGCAGAUGCCUGCUCCUCAUGAUGGCGGCGCAGGCAUCCCUCGUAAUUCCAGUAGAAAGUUUGCACCAAACUCCCGAGCUGAGUAUGAAGAUGAGAGAACAAUCAAAGCAAAUGGUUAUGAAUACUACUCACACUCGAGGGUCGAAAAUGAGCAGAGGGUUGAUGAUGGUAGGAAGGUGGCUAGGAGGCAGAGCUAUAACUGUCAGAGGGCGCCAACAGAUGUCACCAGGUUUGAUGAAUCAGAAUCGGAGUGCGAUGAAGAAAUAGAGAUGGAGAAACCACCAAGUGGCGGCAACACAGGGAGAAUUAAUCGAAGACAUAGCUAUAAUGCUGCAAACUCAGGCGUCAAAUAUGAUGAAUACAACGAUGAUGAAGAAGAAGAAGAAGAGGAAGAAAGAGGCAGUGGUGAUGGGGCACCGGAGCGCCCGGCUCCACAAAUUCCAGCUCGGCGUGUGCACCCCAAGUUGCCUGACUACGAUGCACUCGCUGCUCGUUUUGAAGCUCUGAAACAGCACAAGGCAAGGCCUAGGUAAAGCGGCUGAUGCAGUUUUCUUCUUUUUUGUUACUUUGCUGCACAUUCACAUACGUUUAUCUAUGAAUAUAAUUAAUCAACACGUUAUAUACUUUCCCUCUUUUGUCAAUUGUAAUGCAUUCAUUUUAUGGAUGUUAGUUUUGAAGAAUACAUAUAUAUACAUAUAAGUUUGUAAUUUAUUCUUUUACAUUGCUCUCCAAUAUUGGAUCUUGAAUCAAUUUAUGCAAUUCGUGUAUCA